CAGGUGUUGUGAACAGCAGAUGUGUUUGUAAAAACCACAAGAGAAACCUCACAGCAAAAGCAGAGCCAUCUCAGCCCCCUUACCUCUCCUACUGAACACUCAUAAAAUGUGCCUUCUUCCAUGGACUCAGUGAGUUGAGAUGGAGAGAUUCAGCAGAAUCAUACGUUUUGGGGGACCACUGCUGCAAACCAUCCUCUUGAUUGCCUCUGUUUGGAAAUUAGCAGCUUGCUCUGAGGUUACAAUCGUGGGGGGACAUGAGGUCAAGCCUCACUCCAGGCCGUGGAUGGUGUCCCUUCAGGUCAAGAACAAUCACAUAUGUGGGGGCACUCUGAUCCGAGACCAGUGGGUUCUGACGGCAGCUCACUGUAAGGGUGUCUUUGGUGAGUCUAAGAAAUUCGUGGAAGCCGUCCUUGGAGCUCACUCUCUGACAAGCAGCAAAAACACACAGCGGGUAGCCAUUGAGGAGUACUAUGUACCUGGGACCUACAGUGACAGAACCAAGGAAGAUGACAUCAUGUUAAUCAAGCUGAAGAUGAAAGUCAAGGUAAACAGCAAGGCAGUGAAAGUGAAAGAGGUUUCAAAGUCUGGCAAAGACCUCCAGGUUGGCACACAGUGCCAGGUGACAGGAUGGGGGGUGGUAAGUGCUACGGGUAGCAUGCCGUCAGACACACUGCAGGGGGCAGAGGUGAACAUACUGGACAGGAAGCUCUGUGACUGCUUCUACAACAGAAACCCUGUGAUCACCCAGGACAUGCUCUGUGCUAGCAACAGCAAAAGACAGGCAGAUGCUUGCAAGGGGGAUUCUGGUGGUCCGUUGGAGUGUAAGAAAGCCUUUGUAGGCUUGGUGUCUGGAGGACUGGGCUGUGGCAACCCCAAGAAGCCUGGAGUGUACACCCGGUUCUCCAAAAGACACCUGGAUUGGAUCCACAAGAUCAUCAAACAUCAAUCAAACACCACCAAUGUUGGCAUACUGUAAGGAUGUAAUGGGUCAGACCAUAGAUUUUUUGAACUAGAAUCAAUUACAGUCCAGCUCCUAGGUCCCUAAGGCUCAUACAAUACAUGUGUUUAUGUCAUCACCCGUUUGCCUCUCUGUUUAAAAUAAAGAGUAACUGCAACUGUU